AUCCUGAUGAGCUAUCUAGAACGGUAAAUGACCCCCGCGAGGAGGCGAAGCCGUGACUCUUUCUCCAGCCCCCAAGGCAAGAGCUGGUCCCGUCGAUUGAAGAUCUCCCUCCUCUCCUGACAAACUCCACGUGCCAGCGUGGAACGAUUGAAGUCGAACGAGGGGAUGGCCGUCUGUCGACUUAAGCCGGCUCGACGGGAACGGAAGCGCAAGGCAUAUUUGCCCUCGCAAUCUUGACUCCUGUCCCUUUGUAUUCUGGCUUCCUGCAUUUUUAUUUAUUUCCCUAUCUCCUUCUUCGCCUCAGCGUUGAUGCUAUCUCCUUUCCUUCAACCCUGGGCAUACACCCUAUCCCGCCAACACCGCCAAGUACCUAGCUUGUACCAUGAUUAACGUGCAUGCAUGCUCCCCUCAGCCUUUCAUGACGUUGUUUUCGCGCAUUCCUUCGCACAUUUCUACGCCUUCUGUCCUAUUCUUAGAUCCCUACUCAUCCAUACUUACCUAGCACUCCUAGGUAGGUUGCAGACAAGUUGUCAGUGCAGGCCCCCUACCUUGUUGUUCGGACGGGGCCCUUCCUCCGCCCUGGCUUGUUGGUCAGUUGAGGAGUCAAUACCUCGCUGGUGGCACAACAACAGGUAAAAGAUUGGCAGGUAGUGGUUGAGGUCACAGUGGACACUGCAGGAGGUGCGUGGAAGCAGCAGGAGCAGUGCAGCCACACCGAGAGCAGCUGAGCAGCGUACACGAGACCAUAAGCUUGGAAAGAUGCAGCAACUGGUGCGUCACAGGUCUCAGCCGGGAAGUUACCUGCGCCGCUGCAAAUAAUGGCAGCCCCACCGCAGACUACCCCGCUUUCCCGCAGAGUUGCACGACGUUCCGACUGCAGUGGUCUGAAGCUUUAGCUGCUCCCUUCUCGAAUCAAGACCAGACACUAGUCCAGGCGAUUCUUUGUUCUCCACCAUACCACGCUACGAUAUCAUCACAAGGCAAGCUGCGCCCCUGUUUGCCUUAGUAUCCGCGGCCACGGCGACGUUCCGCCGCAACAGCUGUGCCACUGUGCUGUGCUUUUAGUUAGCUUCGUCUUAGCUGCACCACAGUCAGGCGUGCUGUCCCACGCUCCCCACUUGGCCUGGCCUCAUUGCGGCUUCGCUCCGGGCAGUACAGAGAUCACUCUAGUUCGGACCGGUCGGCCUGAACGGGCUCCUCCUCGGAGUUGCACGCUCGCACGCCAUUGGUAGCUCUCAUGGCGCCUGACUCAUCAUAGUCACAUCCCUCGCCGCUCCGAACUGAGGCUCUUGUCUGAUAAGCAGCCAUCGACGGCACUAUCAACCACCUCUGGCACCAGGUUCCUGGAGCAAACACCUGCCCCCAUCACCACACGGGCUUGUCCUUAUACUACCACGUAUUCUUUGCUACACACAUACAGAGUGCAUACUCACCAUCUCGCACUCGCUUACAUCAGGCCUGGUGAAGCGUAGCUGGCUCUCAUCAGACAGCUGCCAUCAUGGAUACGCCUGCUCUUCCGGUCCCCAAGGACGCCUGGGAGAAGGAAAUCCUAGAGAGGCUGGUGGCGAUCCGAGAUCAGCUGCUUCUCCUCAAACAGGACCGAGCACACUACAUCCGCGGUCCGGAUGUCCUGAAGCUCUAUGACCAAGUCAUCGAACAGAUACGACUAUUGAAUGAGGUUCGCACAGGAGACAACAAGGGGGAGACACAGUUGGACAAGGUGCUUGAGAGCUGCUUGCAACUCAUCUCGCUCCUGUUCAUGACUAUCGGGAAGCUGAGCGAAGCCCCUGCUGCUUAUGCGCUCACAUCGACUAUCAAACGGCUGCUGGACCACCUGGCCGAGGCAGAGCUCUUUUCGGCCAAAGAUCUACAGAGCAUGGCCGAAACACUGCAGAAGAUAGACAUCACUAUCAAGGGUGCGACUUCGCGCCACUCCCCGUAUCUCGUCGAGCUACUCUCGCACCGGGUUGAGCUCUGCCGAGCCUCGCUCGAGAACCUGCAGAAGCGACUAGAAGGCCUUGACGGACCACUGCCCACAAUCCACGAGAAGCUCGUCUCGAUAUUGCGCUCGCUGUCACUAGCCAACACAAGGUCUAAGUUCUCCCUGUCGGAAGUUUCAAAGCUCCAGUCGGAGCUGAAGGAAGUCGAUGCGAAGCGCGUGGAUGGGAAGUUUCUCGCCGAAGAUGGCUCCCCUCUGGGGGGCAGUGAUGAUGUUGCGGACCUCUUGAAUCGCUGUCUUGCCUGGAGCGAGAUUGUCCUUGAACAGAAAGGGGCCAUUCCCGAUGGGUUCAAAGACAUUUACGAUGUGCUGGUGGGGAUACGCAACAAGCUGGAUAGUCUCUCGUUGACACAGGCGUGGUCUCUCCGGGAGACUGACCUCUACGACUACCAGCGCACUCUGGACAAGAUCGAUGAGAAGCGCGUUGACGGCAACUUCAUCGACGAGGAGGGUAGACCUGCCAACCUCUACGUCCAACGCACGCUGCUCUACCUCAUCAGGCGCAGCUACGGGCUGAUAUACUCGUUGAUGAUCAUGUCGGAGCCGGUCUCGGAGGCACUCAUACCGGUCUACAACCAGCUGCAGACCCUGAAGAGGAUCCUGGUCGAAGUCAAAAACUCUGGGGGCGUUAAUUCCGUCCGAGAGCUGUACCCUUACAGCAUGAAGCUGAACAUGAUUGACAACAUGCGGGUCGAUGGAAAGUUUAUGCACGGUAGCGACGUCCCUGAGGGUCAAGGGGCACUCAGUGAGCUUCUGGCCGAGUGCUACGACCUCAACUACAACCUCAGGGUGGCGGCUGAGCUCAAGGCGGAGGCGGAGGAAGCAAAGCAACAAAACGGAGUCGACUCGGAUGACAUGCCUCUCCAGAACCUCUCACUCAACAACGGGCCCAGCGAUGACGCUAAAGCCGAUAAGGACCCCGGAGAGGAGGAGAGGGCUGUGGAGUGAAAUCCUGGUCCACACUCUCUCACACACGGCCAAGUCGGCCAUACAGACGCGGCGUCUCUUGUAUUAUUUAUAUCGAGCUUGGUCUGGCACCCCGAAGCAGAUCACAUUGUUGGAGUCCAAGGCCGAGGCGACUCGGAGCUGCGCCUCCUGGCUUCAUUGUAUUAUUCUAGCGAGUAUUCCCCUGCCCAAUCACCCACGGGAGGAAAAUACAGCCCGGCAGAAGAUUAGGAGGGAGGCAUUACGAAGGUAUGGAGCUUCACACACUUCAUACGAGCGAGAUGAUGGGUCAAAUUCGGCAUCAGAGACCGGCCAGGCCGUGUGUAUCAAAGCUGAACAUCAAGACCGAAAACGGAUCCCCAGAUAUUGUUUUGAAGGAACCUCGAGAUCGGCCUAGUUCAUGGCACUGCGCAGGGCACACUUGAAUGGCCACAUCUGAACCUGUGGACCACCAGGCAAGGGACGAAUCGUCAGUCACCACAUGACAGGGAGGAAGCGGGCGUUUUGGUAUGAUUAAGCAGUUCUCUCACCUUUUCCAGGUCCCAGACGCCCUCUCUAGUGUAAACGUCACCCUUGAGAAUUUCCAUUAUCUCCUCCUUGGAAGUGGCCUCUACGACGAGCGUGCUCCCGUUGAUCUUGAGGCUGGAAGGCUCGUCGUCGGCGGGGAUUUCUUCCAGGAGAGCGCCUAGAAUUGCGGACGGAAGUCCUGUUAGCCCGCAACCGUCUUGUUUCGUAGGGGAAAAGGAACUGAGUGAAGAGAGCAAGACAUGCCCCCCAUUUUCAGAUUGCCAGUGGCGUCAAAACGCUUCAGGUCCGCAAAAUGUGUGCUAUGAGAGCUGUUAGUCAGGGCACGACGCCUCAUGUACACUCGAAGCUGCCAAGCGAAGCUGUGAAGAUGCUCAGAAGGCAAGAGGUGUCUUACGCGCGAACCUCCAUCCUCUUGGCCAGGGUCCCGGGGACGUCCGGGACGACGACAAGCCAUUCGAACUUGCGAGGGGCCGACAUGGUGGAGUAGCGGGCGGCGGGGAGCUUGUAAAGACGUGCGGUGCGGCCGAGGAGGGAGGAGGAGGAGACUAGUCGCAGUGACAUUUAGGGACUCCCUACUAAGGAGGCAGAGGGGGAUGGAGGUGGGCAGCGGGCUUUUAGGUGCCGUGUCAGGGGGAGGGACGGGUGCGUGCGUGUACCUGCUUGACCUGCUGGCUGAGGCUCGUUCCACCAUCUGCCGCUGCCGCUGCUGGCCACUUGACCUGAGCGGUUCAAUCAUAUCCACCGAGGCGGCGGGGGGAGAAGGGCGGGGGUGGGCCCUGAGCGGGAAUUGACGCUUUUGCUGUGCGGAAAGCGUGCAUGUAUUGGAUCAAUAUGUUGUCCACCCUCGUCGCCUCGGCACCCAUAUGCCAUAUGGGAUUGCCCACAGUUUCGGCUUGGAGCUGGGCGCGCCCUUUGGAUGGCACUGCAGUUGACAUGUUUAAUCCGGUCUACACAGCCGAACCGAG